AUGUUAUUAGCGCCCUCAGAACAAUCUAUAUUAGUCGGUGAAAUAUCGAUUUUACGGUAUUUGUCUCGCCUAUUCAGUUGGGGCUAUGAUGGAAGUAAUUUAAAUGAAAUACAAGUGGCACUCACUGAUCAAUUUUUGUCCAGUAAUAAUGGGCAAUUCCAAUUUGAUCAACCAAAAAGCAAAUGGCUCAUUGGAGAUCAAAUGACAUUGGCAGAUCUUGUACUUUGGGCUCAAUUAAAACAGCAACAAAAUCUUUCAGCAUCAAUAUCAGGGUCAGCUUGGUUCAAAGGAAUGAAUGAUUUACGGUAUUGUCAAGCAGCUAGUAGUUUAGUAAAUUGA